CCACGCCGGGCCGCCAGCAGCGGCAGGGCAGGACGAGGCUUCCCGGCUCCCGGGGAUCCCGAACGCCUCCUCCCCGGGCCGCCGUGCCCUGCCCGCGCUCCCGGAGCCGCAGCAUCGCCCGCAGGCAGCGCUGAGCACAGCCCGGCCCCUGUCCCCGGCGCGCAGCACGGGCAGAGCCCUGGGCUGAAAAGUCAUGACAGCUGAAAAGACUAUUCCUAUAAUUAAUGGCAAGCCAGAAGAUGCUUUGGACCCAGAAGCCUCAAGUACCAACCUCGUCCACAGCAAUGAUAAGAAAGUUCAUGAAAGAGGUCACUGGAACAAUAAGGUUGAAUUUGUGCUUUCUGUGGCAGGGGAGAUUAUUGGGCUGGGAAAUGUCUGGAGAUUCCCAUAUCUUUGCUACAAGAAUGGAGGAGGUGCUUUCCUCAUCCCCUACGUGGUCUUUUUUAUUUGCUGUGGAAUACCAGUAUUUUUCUUGGAGACGGCCUUGGGACAGUUUACAAGCGAAGGAGGCAUCACAUGCUGGAGGAAAGUUUGCCCUCUCUUUGAAGGCAUUGGCUAUGCUACCCAAGUUAUAGAGGCACACCUAAAUGUAUAUUACAUCAUCAUUUUAGCAUGGGCUAUCUUCUAUUUGUUCAACUGCUUUACUACAGAGCUUCCCUGGGCUUCCUGUGGCCAUGAAUGGAAUACAGAAAACUGUGUGGAAUUUCAAAAACUCAACAUGAGCAACUGCAGUCAAGUCUCUUUACAAAAUGCCACUUCUCCAGUGAUGGAAUUCUGGGAACGAAGGGUGCUGGCAAUUUCCGAUGGGAUUGAGCACAUUGGGAACCUGCGCUGGGAGCUCGCCCUGUGCCUCCUGGCUGCUUGGACUAUCUGCUAUUUCUGCAUCUGGAAAGGGACCAAAUCCACUGGAAAGGUUGUGUAUGUGACAGCCACCUUCCCCUACAUCAUGCUGAUGAUCCUCCUGAUCCGGGGGGUGACGUUACCCGGCGCUUCCGAGGGCAUCAAGUUCUACCUUUACCCCGACAUCUCCCGGCUCUCCGACCCACAGGUGUGGGUGGAUGCUGGCACACAGAUCUUUUUCUCCUACGCCAUCUGCUUGGGGUGCCUGACAGCCCUGGGGAGUUACAACAACUACAACAACAACUGCUACAGAGACUGCAUCAUGCUCUGCUGCUUGAACAGUGGCACAAGCUUUGUUGCUGGUUUUGCUAUCUUUUCAGUUCUUGGAUUUAUGGCUUAUGAACAAGGCGUGCCCAUUGCAGAAGUUGCAGAAUCAGGACCAGGGCUUGCAUUCAUUGCUUACCCUAAAGCUGUCACCAUGAUGCCUCUGUCUCCUCUGUGGGCAGCUCUGUUCUUCAUGAUGCUCAUCUUCCUGGGCUUGGACAGUCAGUUUGUGUGUGUGGAAAGCAUUGUGACAGCCGUGGUGGACAUGUACCCCAAGGUGUUCCGCAGGGGCUACAGGAGGGAGCUGCUCAUCCUCGGCCUCUCUGUCGUGUCCUACUUCCUCGGCCUCAUCAUGUUAACUGAGGGUGGGAUGUAUGUCUUCCAGCUCUUUGACUCCUAUGCAGCCAGUGGGAUGUGCCUGCUCUUUGUGGCCAUAUUUGAGUGUGUCUGCAUAGGCUGGGUGUAUGGCAGCAAUCGCUUUUAUGAGAACAUUGAAGACAUGAUUGGGUACAAACCUGUGUCGCUGAUUAAGUGGUGCUGGAUGGUCCUAACUCCAGGUAUUUGUGCAGGAAUCUUCAUCUUUUUCCUGGUGAAAUACAAGCCCCUGAAGUACAACAAUGUGUACAUCUACCCUGACUGGGGCUACGGCAUCGGGUGGAUGAUGGCACUCUCCUCCAUGGUCUGCAUCCCGCUGUGGAUCUGCAUCAAGCUCUGGAAGACAGAAGGCACCUUCAUGGAGAAAUUCAGGAAGCUGAUUACACCUAGCUCAGACCUGAAAAUGCGGGGCAAGCUCGGAGGAGGAGCCUACAUUGCAGCAAUAAAUGACUGCGAUGCCAAACUGAAAGGAGAUGGCACCAUUUCCACCAUCACAGAAAAGGAGACACAUUUCUGA